CCCUGGCUCAUCUACAUGCCUAGGACCUGGCAGCAGAGAUGGCACUGAAUCCAGAGCCGGUGGGUAGCAUCCCCGAGGAGCUAGGCCUCAUGGACAGCCCCAGUACACCCCCCAACAGCUCGUGGGCCAGCCCGACACAGCCCAGCACCCUGGAGGACCUGGUGGCUGUGGGCACCCUUGGGGCACUGCUCUCAGCCAUGGGCCUAGUGGGUAUGGUUGGCAACGUGUACACACUGGUGGCCACCUGCCGCUGCCCCCAUGCUGCUGCCUCCUUGCGUGUCUAUGUGGUCAGCCUGGCGCUGGCUGACCUGCUCUACCUGCUGGGCAUCCCCUUCAUUGUGGCCACCUAUGUCACCAGGCAGUGGCACUUCGGCACGGCGGGCUGCCGUGUGCUCUUCAGCCUAGACUUCUUAACCAUGCACGCCAGCAUCUUUACACUGACCGUCAUGAGUGGCGAGCGCUGUGCUGCCGUGCUGCGGCCACUGGACACCCUGCGCCGCUCCAAGAGCCACCAGAAGCGGCUGGCACUGGGCAGCUGGGUGCUGGCACUGCUGCUGGCAUUGCCCAUGAUGUUGGCCAUCCGGCUGGUGCGCCAGGGUCCCAAGCACCUCUGCCUGCCGUCGUGGGGCCCACAUGCCCACCGCGCCUACCUCACACUGCUCUUCAGCACCAGCAUCGUGGGGCCUGGUCUGGUCAUUGCGCUGCUCUAUGGCCGCCUAGCGUGGGCCUACUGGCACUCCCAGCAGGCAUCCCUGGCCCGGCCACAGCGGCUGCCCAAUCCACGGGUGCCGCGCCUCCUCUUGGGCAUCGUGCUGCUCUUCUGGGCCUGCUUCCUGCCCUUCUGGCUGUGGCAGCUCCUGGCCCAAUACAGGGGGGUCCUGCCGCUGGCCCCCCGAUCCGCACGCAUCGUGAACUACCUGACCACCUGUCUCACCUAUGCUAACAGCUGCGUGAAUCCCUUCCUCUACACACUGCUCACCCAGAAUUUCCGGCAGCGCCGGCAGCAUAUCCCAGGGAUCGGGGCCCCACGCCCCUGCCCAUCCAGCCUGGGCCACUUGGUGUGCAGCUCCGGUCACUCCCAGUCCUCCAGCAGCCUGCUGGCCUUGAAGACCAUCACACUGUCCCAGGCUGCCCCUGCUGGGGGCUGGGCCUGAGUAGGCACCUAGCCAGUGAGCUGGGGUGAGUAAAGUCCUCCAGGGAAGGUCUGUCUCUCUGGAGCCCACCCAG